CCAGCAGUAAAAGUGAAAUAUUUUGUUUGUGAACAGAUGAUGUAUACAACGCAAGUUGAGAUAUUACGACACGUGUGCCCUACAACAUGUACCAUUCUAUGUUUCGCACGCACUGAGUUGUUCUAUUCCGUUCUAGUUUUUAUUUUACAUUGCUAAUUAGAUAUUAAUUGUUUUCACCUUGUCGUUAGAUGCAUGCAUGGCGAAAAAUAACACUGGAUCUGGUCGUGAUCAUAUGUGCUGCCACACAGUUCACGGUUACGGCGCUAGUAGAUAGCGAUAAAUGCGGUGUUACAAAGAGCUGCUUUCAUGACCCCCCGUACUGCAAGACACCUGACUGUGACGUAUUGAUCACGUGGGAAGAUACGCACACUUUUUACGGCGAACCAGCCACCUCAUUCGGAAUAUGGGGGAAAACCUGGCAACAUGAGGACUGGGUUGGUUUUGGACUAUCACGUGACAAAGAAAUGGACGAUACUGAUGUUUGGGCAUGUAUGGAAUUGGAGAAUAGAAGCGUCGUACUCGAUCAUUCUUUCAACAGGUACGAUCACAGGAACCAACAAUUGGACCAGACUGGGGCACGUAAUUUCCAGUAUACUUACUGGAACGGACUAAUGGAAUGUACAUUUGACCGCCUGAACUCCAUAGAAUCUCACGACCAAUUUUUUGACCUGCGUGAUGGGCCGUAUUAUAUGAUAACCGCAUUUGGCCCAAGUGCUCCGGGACCAGGAGAUAGUGUAUAUGCGAGAAAAGAGAAAUUAGGUCAGCAUGGCAGAGAACCCCUUGUAUCAAGAGAUAUGAUAGAAUUCAAUCAAAUCACCGUAUCGUAUGGGAAAGAGAGGACGCCUGGCUCGUACAAGACACAUGGCGCCCUGAUGAUUACAGCAUGGAUCGGAUUUGCCAGCGUCGCCUUGAUAUUGGCGAGGUAUUUUAAACACAUGUGGCCAAAUACAGAAGUACUUGGACAGAAAGUAUGGUUUACGUUUCAUCGAAUUCUCAUGAUUAUAGCUCUCAUUCUGUGUAUCGCUGCUUUUAUCCUAAUAUUUGUCGUUAAUGGCGGCUGGGUGAAAUACGAGUACAUUGAUGACCCGGAGCACAUCCAUGCUAUUAUUGGUUGUAUAGUCGUCUCGCUUGGAAUUAUUAACCCAAUUCUUGCAAUUUUCAGAUGCGAUCCCAAACAUUCCAAACGAUGGAUGUUUUCCUGGGCCCAUUGGGCUAUUGGCACAACAACGCAUAUACUGGCAGUCGUCAACACAUUUCUCGGAUCGAAGUACGUGAGAGUACCAAGAUAUGCCACGUGGGUGUUGCUAUUUUGGGUGCUCUGUCAUAUCCUUGUAGGAAUGUUUUACGAAAUAUUGAACUGCGUCAACAACGAAUCAACCGCCUUCACGUCAUACAAGAUGUAUUCUGCAGUCAAAUCAGAUGCUAGCACUAAAGCAGAAGCGGAUGCAAUAAAAAGACAGCAAGAGCCAAUGAAUCAAACUGGAGUUGAAAUGCAGUCUGUAAAUACCCAGGAAUCAAACAUUGACCCAUAUGACAACUACGGAAUGGGUACAGUUAAAAAACAACCACCACCGCAUAAUUCCGUGUUGCGGACCACUGUACUCUGUAUUUACAUCGUGUUUACUGUUGCUGUCGUAGUGUAUUUGAUAGUGGAAGUAUCAUUGAGAGACUAGACAUUCUUAUUUGGGAAUUUCAGCGAAGAUGGUUUUAUAUUUUAAGAUAUAAUUUGUUAUAUUUGUAUUAAUCAUUAUAUAUGCAUCUCGGGUGCAUUGGUAGUACGUGUUAUAACAUAGAGGUGUUUCAACUCUGUUAUUUGGCCUCUACUGAUGAAGUCGAUAUUUGUUUCUAUUUCAGCUGUAGUUGUACAUUUUAUACAUGCCAUAAAUUCAAUGUAUAAGGCACAGCAUUCUUCUCGCUUCUAUACACGUUUUAGAUGUUACGUGUACGAAACACCUACUUCAUUUACGACCGUCUGGGGUAAGUUGCAAAAGACAAUCAAAUAAUAGCCGGGGAAAAAUUAGCGUGGUCGUUUCCUUUGUAUUGUUAACGUGCCCUGUGUCAAAGGAACAAACUGAACUCCCAGGAAAAAAUAAAGCCUUACUCAGUAAGUGUACGUUGUUUACAAAUCCCAAUUUUAGAAGAUUCGCUUAAAUUCAUCAUUAUCUAUCUGCAAUCUCGACAUGUUAUGGAGUAUAUAUUGGUUAGGAGAUGGUGCGUGCAAAUUGGAAUGUAACUGUAAAGUGAAAAUUAUGUCAGAAACUACUAUGAAAAUUAUGAAAAU